AUGACCAUUUUUCUGGCCAUGCUAGUUAUUAUAUCUAUGUCCAAAUUAUCCUAUGGAGCUGAUGAUACUAUUACUCAAUCAGAUUCACUUUCUGAUGGAAGCACCUUGAUUUCCAAAGAUGAGACCUUCGAGUUGGGUUUCUUCAGUCCCGGUAGUUCCCCAAACCGCUAUGUUGGAAUUUGGUACAAAAACAUCCCUGUUCAAACUGUUGUUUGGGUUGCAAACCGUGAUAAUCCUAUCAAAAACAACAACUCAAGCAAGUUGAUCAUAAACAAACAAGGUAAUCUCGUUCUUCUCAGCAGCAAUCAGUCUCUUCUAUGGUCAACUAACACAACAAAGAAGUCUUCAACUCCAAUUGUUCAGCUUCUGAACAACGGAAAUUUAGUGAUCAGAGACGAGAAAGACAGUUCAGCUGAUGAAGAUAGUUUCUUGUGGCAGAGCUUUGAUUAUCCUACUGAUACUAUGUUACCUGGAAUGAAGUUCGGAUGGGACAAGAAAAGUGGUAUUAAUCGACGUAUCACUGCAUGGAAGAAUUGGGAAGAUCCAUCAUCAGGUGAUUUUACUUCUUCAUUUGUUAGACUUGACACAAAUCCUGAAAUAAUGUUUUGGAAAGGUUCGGUUGAAAUAUACAGAAUAGGAGCAAUGAUCGGUGUUAUGUCCAGUGGUCUUAUGUCUAUGGGAGUAUCUGGGCUAAGGACUAACCCGCUUUUUAACUACGACUUUGUAAGAAAUGAAGAACAAGUUUAUUAUAUGUACACACUUAAAAACAGUUCUGUGAUUUCCAUAAUUGUUUUGAACCAAACGCUUUUGGUUCGUCAACGUCUCAUAUGGAUUCCGGAAUCCAAAACAUGGAAUCUUUACCAGAACCUGCCACAAGAUAGGUGUGAUGAUUAUAAUGUUUGUGGUGCGAACGGAGUUUGUGUCAUUGGUGGAUCACCGAUUUGUCAGUGUUUAGAAGGAUUUAAACCAAAAUCGCCUCAUCGGUGGAAUGCAAUGGAUUGGACACAGGGUUGUGUAAGAAGUGGAAAUUGGACAUGUGGAGUCGAGAAUAGAGGCGGAUUUCGUAGAGUUGUUGGAAUGAAGUUGCCGGAUACUACAAACUAUUGGAUUGAUGAAAAUAUGACACUUGAUCAAUGCAAGAUCAAAUGUUUGCAGAAUUGUUCAUGCACAGCUUACUCAGGCUUAGGUAAGGGGAACAUUGGUUGUUCCAUUUGGUUGGAUGAUCUUAAAGAUUUGAGAGUUACAGAUGCUGACUUGGACUUAUAUGUUCGAACCGAUGUUUCAGAUAUCGAUGAUAAACGUGGGCGCUCAAAAAAGGUUAUCUUUGCAGUUUCAGCAAUUGUUUCACUAGUUAUUGUGACAUUGUUGGCUUUCUUCAUAUAUAGAACAAAGAUAAAGUAUAAAGUAAACAUUGAGUGGAAGGAAGACAGCAGUGAAUAUGAUCAUGAUGAAUUAGAGAUUCCUUUCUUUGAUCUUACUACAAUCUUAAAUGCCACAAAUAAUUUCUCAAUUGAGAACAAACUUGGCGAAGGGGGUUUUGGACCGGUAUAUAAGGGAAAACUGGUUGAUGGCCAAGAAGUUGCAGUUAAAAGGCUAUCUUGGAGUUCUGGACAAGGAAUAAAAGAAUUUAAAAAUGAAGUUAUAUUAUGUGCUAAGCUUCAACAUCGAAAUCUUGUCAAACUUGUUGGUUGUUGCAUUGAAAAAGAUGAGAAAAUGCUGGUUUAUGAAUACAUGUCAAACACAAGCCUUGAUUCAUUCAUUUUUGAUGCAACUCGAAGUAAAUCAUUAAAUUGGCCUUUGCGUUUUAACAUCUUACAUGGAAUUGCACGAGAUUUUGGUCUGGCUAAAAUGUGUGGUGGUGAUCAAAUUGAAGGAAAAACAAAUCGAAUAAUUGGUACAUACGGUUAUAUGGCGCCUGAAUAUGCUAUUGACGGAUUAUUCUCCAUUAAAUCAGAUGUAUUUAGUUUUGGUGUAUUAUUGCUAGAAGUUAUAAGUGGAAUUAAAAAUAGAACACAUACCUUCCAUCGACAUGAUCACAAUCUUAUUGGACAUGCGUGGAGACUGUGGAAAGAGGGAACUAUACACACAAUGAUUGAUGAAAACUUGAAGGACACGUGUAUUCUAUAUGAAGCUUUGCGGUGUAUUCAAAUAGGUCUUUUAUGUUUACAACAUCAUCCAGAUGAUCGACCAGACAUGACAUCUGUGCUUGUGAUGUUGAAAAGUAGUAAUACUUUACCUCAACCACAAGAGCCAAGUUACUUGUUUAAAAUAAAAUCAUUAGAAAGAGAACUUUUUUCUUAUGAAAAAGAAUCACCAUCUUCAAUAAAUCAAGUAACUAUCUCAUUAUUAGAUGCUAGGUAG